AUGACGCAUUUAGCAAACGAAGAAACAGAAUAUAAAGAGACUGAAAAUUCUGAGGAAAAUGUUCUCGUGUCGUCAAAUGAAAUGGUUCUAAUGCAGACGGCGAUUACAGAUAUUAAAAAUCCAGAUACCUCUGCAACACAGUCCGUUAGACUUUUGUUGGACUCUGGGUCUCAUCGGACAUAUAUAACUGAAAACUUAGCAAGAAAGUUACAUCUCAAAGUAACGGGAGAACAGGAAAUAAAACUUGUAACGUUUGGUAAUAAUAGUACGCAAUGCAUCAAAACAAAAUGUGCUAACAUUGAUGUUAAACUGAAAAAUGGUGAAUACCAUUCAAUCAGUGUGAACAAAGUUCCGACAAUAAGUGGCAAUUUGCAUCGAAGUCCAGCAGGUGUUUUGGAUAAGGAGCACGUUAAACAUAUUAUUGGAAGUGUUGAUUUAGCUGAUACAUUACUAACUAGAAACGAAACAUCAUCAAUAGAAAUGUUAGUUGGUAACGACUAUUAUUUGGAUUUUAUUCUGUAUCAAAAGAUCGAACUAAUUCCUGGUUUGUUCCUUCUUGGGUCCAAGUUAGGAUGGAUCCUUACCGGAAGAACUUUUGAUCAAGAUAGCGAUGGCCCAUGUAUGCUUAUUCUAACGCAUGGUAAUAAUGCAACAAAUACAAGUUUAUUUGCCGAUGUGGAUAGUGUUGUACCUGUGAAACCAAAUUUAGAAGACUUUUGGAAUGUGGAGUCAAUAGGUAUUAUAGAAAAACAAAAUAUCUCAGAUGAUGAACAUGCAAUGAAAAUGUUUCAGGAUACAAUUCAGUUUGAAAAUGGCCGAUACCAAGUCACGUGGCCUUGGACUGAAGAAUUUCCUGACUUACCUGUGAACAGGGACUUGGCAAUAGGUCGCUUAAAAAGCUGUGUUAAUAAACUAAAAACAAAACGUGAGUUAAUGAUGAAAUAUGAUGAAGUUAUGAAAGAUCAGCUAAGUAAAGGUGUUAUAGAGAAAGUUGAAAAAUCACCAGUAGAUGGUUUGGUACAUUAUUUGCCACACCAUGCUAUUAUCACACCGCAGAAAACAACAACUAAGAUACGCGUAGUAUACGAUGCUUCGGCGAGAACAAGACAAGAAAAUAAAAGUCUAAAUGAGUGCAUGUAUAGGGUACCAUUAAUGCUACAGGACCUCUUUGGUAUGUUACUACGAUUCAGGAUGCAUCCAAUAGCAAUCGUUGCCGAUAUAGAAAAAGCAUUUUUGCAAAUUGGAUUAAAACCUAGUCAGCGUGAUGUCACAAGAUUUCUUUGGUUGAAAGACUGUAAAAAUCCUACUGUAGUUACUGACAAUAUACAAGAAUUUAGAUUUUGUAGGAUUCCUUUUGGAGUAAUCAGUAGUCCGUUCUUAUUAGGAGCAACGGUAGACUUCCAUUUAAAAUGUUAUGAAAAUCCAGUUGCAGAAAAUCUAAGAAACAACAUUUAUGUAGACAAUGUUAUCACCGGAGCUGAAAACACAAGUGAAGCAAUACAGCUAUAUACAAAUUCAAAGGCAAUGUUUGCAGAUGCCUCGAUGAAUUUACGGGAAUGGAUUACCAAUAGUGAUUUUGUAAAUAAAUUCAUUCCAAAGGAAGACAGAGCCGAUACGAAAAGUGUUAAAGUACUUGGACAUCAUUGGAAUGUCAAUGAAGAUACAGUUACAAUAGCAGGUCCAAAAAACAAAUCAAAUGAACCGGAGUGGACAAAACGUACUGUGUUGAAAACAAUUUCGUCGGUUUUUUAUCCACUUGGCUUGCUAUCACCAGUACUCUUACGAGGAAAAGUGUUUAUUCAAUCAUUAUGGCAGAAAAAUAUCGACUGGGAUGACAAUUUGACUAAAGAAGAUCAAGAAAAAUGGUUGUCUAUUUUAAUAGAUAUUCGCAAAAUAGACACGUUGCAAAUUCAAAGAUGCGUUUGUGCGUUCACAGGACAUUCUAAGAAAUAUUUAUUGUUAUGUUUCUGUGAUGCAUCGGAAAAGGCAUUUUCAACAGUGAUAUAUCUGCAUGUUUCAGAGAAAAAUACAACCGAUGUAAAUGUAAUAUUUGCAAAGACAAGACUUGCGCCUAUUAAGAAACUAACAAUUCCUAGGUUGGAGCUUCUAGCAGUUCUGAUCGGACUGAGGUGCUUAAAAUUUGUUAAAGAGCAAUUAAGAGUGCCUAUUGAAAAGCAAUUUUUAUGA